UAUUUUAGCCAUUAUAAUAAAUCUCUGGAUCUGAGUUUACCAAUUCGUUUUGCUAACUUACCAAAUAAUGCUUUAUUAGAACUUCGUCCAGCUAAAAAUAUUCGCAAGGAGAGUUUAGUAACUGUUGGUCUACAGCUUGAAUCUGGCGAGCGAUUCAUGGAAGAUUUUCCACCAUCUUCUUCAGUUUCAGAUGUUAUAGAGAAAUGUCUUCGUUCAAGGACUGAUACUGAUAAUUUACAAGAAAAAGGAGAAACUGUUUGCAUUUAUAUGCGACAAACGUUAUCUGGAGAUGCUUUGAAAACUACCUCACUUAGGAGCUUAGGCCUAACAGAAGGGAAAGCUAUAAUAAGGUUAUUGUACAGGAAACCUGAAGAAUUAGAGCAUCAAGCCCAUAUUUCUGCUCCUUUAACUAAGUCAUCUAAUGUUGAAUCAGUAGUUAUUUUUGAGGAACAGAAUAUUACCAAUGAACAAGUCAGAAAACAACCUCGUUUAAGUAAUACUGAAACAAGGUACAGUGAUGUACGUAAUGAUGUGGAAAAUAAUUUAAAUUCUAUUAGUUCAGAACAAAAUUAUUAUGCAUCAAAUGAAGAUACUAUAGAUUUAGAACAGAAUGUGAGAAAAGAAAUGGAUGUUGAAAAUGUACUUGACAAAAAGGCACCAGCAGUUGAGGAAAAAGAUUCAAGUGGAGAUUUAAAUAGUGAAAGUCAACUUUCUAACCAAAAUAUGGAAGUUGAUGAUGUAACUGUAUGUGAAGAUGAAUCUUCAUCUGUUAGUGUAGAGGACAUUAAGUAUAUUGCUGAAAGGCAUGCUGUUUUGUACAGUUUAGACCAUAUAACAGAUGUGAAAAAAGCUGACUUACCAGAUGAAUUUUUUGAACUGACAGUCGAUGAUGUGAAAUAUCUGUUGGCUGAAUAUAAAAGAACUAGAGAUGAAUUAGAAAAUCAACCAUUGUUAACAAAAGAACAAAGGCAAAGACAAGUGGUGCAAAAACUUGCUUAUUAUCAUCAAGCUGUUAUUCGUGUUUACUUUCCUGAAAAAUUAGUUUUACAAGCAGUUUUCAUGGUUGAUGAAAAAGUUCAAGCCAUAUCUGAUUUUGUGAGAAAUUUCUUAGAAAAUAAGGAUUUGAAUUUUUAUUUAUAUAUUACUCCACCAAAAGAAAAAUUAAAUCUUUCAAAAACAAUAUUGGAGUCUAUGUUAGUACCUGCAGCAGUGAUAUAUUUUGGAUGUGAAGCUCAGCAAUCUAAUUACUUGGACAAAUCUUUAUUGAAUAAGUUAUCCGAUCCUAGAGCUGCUUCAUUAGCAGCUUCUGAAUCCAGGAAACAAAGUUUUUCAAAUGUACCAAUUGCUGACAUCAGUGAAAAUGCAGAUGAUCCUACUGCAUCAGAGAAUACAAGUGAGAAUUUUCCUUCUACAACAGCCGCUUUUCAACAGAAUGUGAAACGAGAAGAGAAAAAAAUUCCGAAGUGGCUGAAAUUAAGUAGACAAUGAUGAAUGUAUAGGAAGAAGUGCAUCAUAAACAUGUAAUUUCAAUAAGUUUAAUAAAGUUAAUUUUGUGUUAAUGGUUUGAAA